CGAAUAAAUGAUGGGAAUGAAGAGGGGUUGAUAAUUGGCGAGCCUGGCUUCCUUUCGCCCCAGGAGAGGACCUUGAGGUGGAGACCAUGAAGAGGAGGCAUUGCGCAUAUGCGUUUAACGAUGACGAGCGUGGGAGUUUGAACGUGGAUAAGAUUCCAAUGAUACGGAUCCGUACCGUCUUACACGAGCCGUGGAAUCUGAGGGGCGUGCGAUAUCCGAAUCCGGAUGAGGAGAAGAAGGUGGUGGACUAUCUGGAAGGGAAAAUGCGGACGUACGUGGCAGACUACUCCAGUGGACCGUAUGCCUCCCCUUGGUUUCGCUUCAUCAAGCCGAACGGGACGCUACGGUGGGUGCAGAACCUGCAACGUUUGAAUGCGGUGACGGUGCGGGACGCGGGAGGAUUGCCGAACGCGGACGCCCUGUCAGAGUCAUGCGCAGGAAGGCCUAUAAUUUCACUUAUAGACCUUUAUUUAGGGUAUGACCAAUUUUUUGUAUACCCGCCGGACAGACCGGUGACGACUAUGCAUAUGCCGAGGGGGCUGAUCCACAUGAAUGUGGCCCCUGAGGGGUGGACUAAUGCGGUGGUGAUGGUGCAAAGGCACAUGAUUAGGGCCAUGCAGACAGUUAGUCCACAUAUUACCCAGCCCUAUAUUGACGAUCUGGCGGUCAAGGGUCCAAAGGAGAGGGAGGAAAACGAGGUGCUUCCUAGAGUAAGACGGUUCGUCUGGAAGCACAUCCAGGAUAUCGAUAAGGUUCUGGGUCUGCUGGAAGAGCACAACCUGACGGCGAGCGGCCCCAAGUCGAAGCAUUAUAUGAGGGAGACCAUGAUUCUGGGCUUCGUUUGUAACGAGAAGGGGCGGAGGCCAAAUGUGAAGAAGACGAACAAGAUCCUAGAGUGGCCAGUGCCCUUUAAGUCGAUAAUGGACGUGAGGAGCUUCCUUGGGACCUGUGGUUUUUGGAGGAGUUUCGUGAAGGACUUCGCCACCAAGACAAAGCAUUUGAGGAAGCUGGUGCUCAAGCAGCCAGGUCGGGUAUGGCCUCAGGAUGAGGAGGUGAUCACGGUCGGAGACGAUACCCCUCCAUGCUCCCCAGCUCCAGAGCCAUCACAACAUUCAUGGCCAAAGGGGAUUCCUGAGCCAGGCAGUGAGGAAAUUCCUGAGUUUCCCCCAGAGACCAUUGCGGUGCCUGAGCAGGAGGCAGAGAUGGAGAAGCAGGGGGCUGGUGAGGGAGCGAGGAUGGAGGCGAUUCACGAUUCACCUUCAGUCAUGCCCGCGACCGAGCGCCCAGCUAUCGAGGAGCCGGUACUGGAGGGGCUACCGCCGGCAUUGUCGAGUACGAGCGAGAGGAUGGGUGCCGAGGCGGCGACUCCGGAAGGCCAGGGGCCGCAAGGGAGGGGAACCUCAAGAGAAACCCGCGAGGAGAAGUCCGCCAGAGUGCGAGUCCGUCUGGAUGAGAUACACGCGAGGCAGGCUGAGAUGGAGUCGGCACGGAUAGAGCCGACGCCGCCGGUCGAUCCCAAAACGAGCGAGCAACAAAUCGACGAGUUGUGGGCAAGGUACGAGAGCAAGAGGGACGCGGCCCGCCAGAGAUCAGGGGCAGGCGGACAUGGAGACGGCGAUGAACUCAGGGUCAGAGAGUUGGAGGUGGAGCACCUGACUACUCAGCUUGCCGAGGAGAGGGCGAGGAACCAGGCCAGAGAGAUUGAGUGGGAGAGGAGAUUUAGGGAAAUGGCAGCCAUUGUGGACAGGCUCUCGGCAGCCUGGGAGGCUAGCCGAACGGGACGAGUCGGUGUCGAUGGCCAGGACCGAGGGAUGCGGGCUUCGCCAAGCCAGGGAGCAGCAGUGGGGGCCCCUCGGCAGGCUGGGCCAAUGGGGGAGGUACCUUUGGAUACGGCCGAAGAAGAGGGUGGCGCCCAGGAGUCACUUAUGGCAAUGCCUACGGAGAGAAGAGGCUCACGUUUGCAUGAGCUGGCAGCAGCCUUGGGGAUAGGUACACCGCAGGAGAGGCCUCAGAGGCUUGAUACCCCAGGCUACACCCUAGGGCUGGGAGAGUUGAGGGCGGAGUUGGGCUCGUGGGACACAGAGACGGACUCAGGAGGACCUGACUCAGGGCGGCAGCAGCAACAGGACGUCGUGAGUGAGCCGGCCGCCGUAGCGGGCUCUCAGCCGUUAGGAUCAUGUGGGGAUGUGGAGGCGACGGAGAGGCCUCACGAGGAGAGACCCCGAGAGUUGGGCACGCCAGGCCACGAGUCAGUGCCGUGCGAGAACGUGAGGACGCUGAGGCUAUGGAGUCCGAACCUCGAGGCCAUAUGGGGGUACCAUUAUGCCACGAGGUGACCACCGAGACCAUGGGGACGCCGUCAGCAUCGAGCUCCCGGGGGAGAAAGAAGAAGACUGCCAGGUGGCACCAUACCUC